AUGGAGAAGAGCAGCUACGCCAUGGCCAAGUUUGGUCUGGAGGCCAGGGAGGCAAUGCCGAAGAGGGACUGCAGUUUUUACAUGAAAUACAUCUUCCUCUUCACCUCCCUCAUCCAGUUCCUCAUCAUCCUGGGGCUAGUGCUAUUCAUGGUGUACGGCAACGCACAGGCGGGCACCGACACACACCUUCGGCUGCUGGAGGAAGAGCUGCAGGAGCGCUAUGGCAAGAUCCUCACCCUGAGUGGCAGGAACAUCAACCUGACCCGCAUCCUCAAUGCCACCCUCAAGGAGAAGCAAGGUCUCCAGGCCCUCGCUGUGAAGGUGCAACGGGACCUGGAUAAGUGCAACAGCACCCAGGCACCCAACUCCAUCCCCAAGCUACAGGAGAUGAUGAAGAUAAUCUUCUACCAGAAGACCAAGCUGGACGAGUGCCACAUGACCAUCAGCCUCAUCAAUGCCAGCUGCAGCGCCGAAAAGGCACUGCUGCGGAGCCAACUGGACCAGACCACCCUGGGCAAGAAGGAGCUGGAGGAAAACUGCCGGCGGGCAGGCGCAGCGCUGACCAAAGCCACGCAGGAGCAGGAGAGCUGCCAGCAGGAGCUGACCACCACUCGCACCCUCCACGACUCCACCAAAACCCACCUGGAGCUGCUGCGGAGCGAGUGCAGCUCCCUGCGGGCCGACAUGAGCUAUAGCUUCCAGCGCAUCAAGGAGGCGGCCGCCAGCAGCCCCUACACAUGCAAGGCCAUCCAGGAGCAGCUCAACUGGUUGACGGGGCAGACGGAGAAGUUUUUCCUCUGGCAGCAAGAGCGAGAGACGAAAUACGUGGGGAAGAGUGUCUGCGACAUGAACCUGCUCCAAUGCCGCCUCAACUGCUCGCGGGAGAAACAGGAGCUGGAGAAGCGGCUGCAGGAGGUGCAGAGCCAGGUGAAGGGCGGGCAGGAGGAGAGGAAGAAGCUGCUGGGGGAGAAGGAGCAGCUGGGCAAGGAGCUGGAGGAGAAGGGCAAGGCCGCUGCACAGGCCGGGUACCUCAGGGAGCAGCUCAACAUCUGCAUGGGCUCCAAGGUGAGCAGCUCAACAUCUGCAUGGGCUCUAAGACCUUUGCACAUUCACCUUCCCUUCACCCAUAUGGACGCCUUCUUCGACAUCCCGGGCUCGCGGGGGCCGGGGGGCAGCGGGCGCCCAGGCCCCUUCCCCAGCACUGGCUCCUACGCUGAUGCCCUGAGGAACCAGGGCAUUUUUGGGAACAUGG